CAGGGCGCAUCGCCGGCUCCGGCGCCCCGGGACUCCAAGGCUGGCCAGGAAAAAGCGCUGAUGGGGAUCCAGGCCGGGCCAGGACUAUAGAGACAUCGUGUGUCCAUUGUGGUUCUGCAGGAGGAAGAUGGCAGGACCGUAUCCGAGCCCGUGGGCAAAGCUGCUGCUAGCAGCAUUACUGAGUGCCAGCCUUCCUGGGGAUAUGGCCAACCGCUGCAAGAAAGCUCAGGUGAAGAGUUGCACCGAGUGUAUCCGCGUGGACAAGGACUGCGCCUACUGCACGGACGAGCUGUUCAGGGAGCAGCGUUGCAACACCCAGCAGGAGCUGCUGGCCGCGGGCUGCCAGCCAGAGAGCAUACUGUUCAUGAGGAGCAGCUUUGAGAUCACAGAGGAGACCCAGAUUGACACCACCCUGCACCGGAGCCAGGUGUUCCCACAAGGCCUGCAGGCCCGGCUACGGCCCGGUGAAGAAAAGCUCUUUGAGUUCCAAGUCUUUGAGCCCCGGGAGAGCCCCGUGGACCUGUACAUCCUCAUGGACUUCUCCAACUCCAUGUCUGACGAUCUGGCCAACCUCAAGAAUAUGGGCCAGAGGCUGGCUGAUAUCCUGGGCAAGCUUACCAGUGACUACACCAUUGGAUUUGGCAAGUUUGUGGACAAAGUCAGUGUCCCUCAGACAGACAUGAGGCCUGAGAAGCUGAAGGAGCCCUGGCCCAACAGUGAUCCGCCAUUCUCCUUCAAGAACGUCAUCAGCCUGACACACGACGUGGAGGGGUUCAGGAACAAGCUGCAGGGAGAGCGCAUAUCAGGCAACCUGGAUGCUCCUGAAGGGGGCUUCGAUGCCAUCCUGCAGGCUGCUGUGUGCACGGGGGCGAUUGGUUGGCGUCCUGACAGCACCCACCUCUUGGUGUUCUCCACCGAGUCUGCCUUCCACUAUGAGGCUGACGGUGCCAACGUGCUGGCAGGCAUCCUGAACCGCAACGAUGAGAAGUGCCACCUGGAUGCCAUGGGCACCUACACCCAAUACAAGACACAGGACUACCCAUCCAUACCCACGCUAGUGCGCCUGCUCGCCAAGCAUAACAUUAUCCCCAUCUUUGCGGUCACCAACUAUUCCUACAGCUACUAUGAGAAGCUUCACACGUAUUUCCCCGUCUCCUCCCUGGGAGUGCUGCAGGAAGACUCGUCCAACAUCAUGGAGCUGCUGGAAGAGGCCUUCUAUCGCAUUCGCUCCAACCUGGACAUCCGUGCCCUGGACAGCCCCCGGGGCUUUCGGACAGAGGUCACCUCCAGGACAUUCCAAAAGACAAAGACUGGAUCCUUUCACAUCAGGCGGGGUGAAGUGGGCACGUACAAUGUGCUGCUGCGAGCCGUGGAGGAUGUCGAUGGGACUCACGUGUGCCAGUUGGCAGAAGAGGACCAGAGGGGCAACAUCCACCUAAAACCCUCUUUCUCUGAUGGCCUCCAGAUGGAUGUGGGCAUCAUCUGUGAUGUGUGUGCCUGUGAGCUGCAAAAGGAGGUGCGGUCAGCUCGCUGUCACUACAGGGGAGACUUCAUGUGCGGACACUGCGUGUGCAAUGAGGGCUGGAGCGGUAAGACCUGCAACUGCUCCACGGGCUCACUGAGCGACACCCAGCCCUGCCUGCGGGAGGGCGAGGACAAGCCGUGCUCAGGCCGCGGGGAGUGCCAGUGCGGACACUGUGUGUGCUAUGGCGAAGGCCGCUUCGAGGGUCACUUCUGCGAGUAUGACAACUUCCAGUGUCCCCGCACUUCCGGAUUCCUCUGCAAUGACCGUGGACGCUGUUCUAUGGGACAGUGUGUGUGUGAACCUGGCUGGACAGGCCGCAGCUGUGACUGUCCCCUCAGCAAUGCCACCUGUAUCGACAGCAAUGGCGGCAUCUGCAAUGGGCGUGGCUUCUGCGAGUGCGGCCGCUGUCACUGCAACACGCAGUCACUCUACACAGACACCACCUGUGAGAUCAACUAUUCAGCGAUCCGCUUGGGCCUCUGCGAAGACCUACGCUCCUGUGUGCAGUGCCAGGCCUGGGGCACCGGGGAGAAAAAAGGGCGCACGUGUGAGCAGUGCAGCUUCAAGGUCAAGAUGGUAGAUGAGCUUAAGAAAGCGGAAGAGGUGGUGGAGUACUGCUCCUUCCGGGACGAGGAUGACGACUGUACCUACAGCUACACCGUGGAGGGCGACGGCAGCCCCGGGCCCAACAGCACCGUCCUGGUGCACAGGAAGAAAGACUGUCCUCCCGGCUCCUUCUGGUGGCUCAUCCCCCUGCUCAUCUUUCUCCUGCUGCUGCUGGCGCUGUUGCUGCUCCUCUGCUGGAAGUACUGCGCCUGUUGCAAGGCCUGCCUGGCACUUCUCCCUUGCUGUAACCAAGGUCACAUGGUGGGCUUCAAGGAAGACCACUACAUGCUGAGGGCAGACCUGAUGGCCUCGGACCACCUGGACACACCUAUGCUACGAAGUGGGAACCUCAAAGGGCGGGACACGGUCCGUUGGAAGAUCACCAACAACGUGCAGCGUCCUGGCUUUGCCACCCACACUGCCAGCACCAACCCCACAGAGCUGGUGCCCUACGGGCUGUCCCUGCGCCUUGCCCGCCUCUGCACCGAGAACCUGAUGAAACCUGGCACUCGGGAAUGUGACCAGCUGCGCCAGGAAGUGGAGGAGAAUCUGAACGAGGUGUACAGACAGGUGUCCGGUGCCCACAAGCUCCAGCAGACAAAGUUCCGGCAGCAGCCCAAUGCUGGAAAAAAGCAAGACCACACCAUUGUGGACACCGUGCUGAUGGCGCCCCGCUCAGCCAAGCAGACCCUGCUGAAGCUGACGGAGAAACAGGUGGAGCAGAGAGCCUUCCACGAGCUCAAGGUGGCCCCUGGCUACUACACCCUCACCGCCGAGCAGGAUGCCCGGGGCAUGGUGGAGUUCCAGGAGGGGGUGGAGCUGGUGGACGUGCGUGUGCCUCUCUUCAUCCGGCCCGAGGAUGACGAGGAGAAGCAGCUGCUGGUGGAGGCCAUUGAUGUGCCUGUGGGCACUGCCACCCUCGGACGUCGCCUGGUGAACAUCACCGUCAUCAAGGACCACGCCAGCGGGGUGGUGUCCUUUGAGCAGCCCGAGUAUUUGGUCAGCCGUGGUGAGCAGGUGGCACGCAUUCCUGUCAUCCGCCGUAUCCUGGACAAUGGCAAGUCCCAGGUCUCCUACCGCACACAGGACAACACAGCACAAGGCAACAGGGACUAUGUCCCAGUGGAGGGCGAGCUGCUGUUCCUGCCGGGGGAGACCUGGAAGGAGCUGCGGGUGAAGCUGCUGGAGCUGCAGGAAGUAGACUCUCUCCUACGGGGCCGCCAGAGCCGCCGCUUCCAGGUCCAACUCAACAACCCCAAGUUUGGGGCCCGCCUGGGCCAGCCCCACGCAGCAACUAUCAUCAUCGGAGAGCCAGAUGAAAUGGACCGGAACUUCGUAAAUCAGACCGUUUCUUCAUCAUCACUAACCCGUGCAGAUCUGGGCGCCCCACAGAACCCCAAUGCCAAGGCCGCUGGGUCCAGAAAGAUCCAUUUCAAUUGGCUGCCACCUCCGGGCAAGCCAAUGGGGUACAGGGUGAGGUACUGGAUCCAGGGUGACUCCGAGUCUGAAGCCCACCUGCUGGACAGCAAGGUGCCCUCUGUGGAGCUCACUAACCUGUAUCCGUACUGUGACUAUGAGAUGAAGGUGUGUGCCUAUGGGGCCCAGGGCGAGGGUCCCUACAGCUCCCUGGUGUCCUGCCGCACGCACCAGGAAGUGCCCAGUGAGCCAGGACGUCUGGCUUUCAACGUGGUCUCUUCCACGGUAACCCAGCUGAGCUGGGCCGAGCCGGCUGAGACCAAUGGCGAGAUCACCGCCUAUGAGGUCUGUUAUGGACUGGUCAACGAAGACAACCGACCCAUUGGGCCCAUGAAGAAGGUGCUGGUGGACAACCCCAAGAACCGGAUGCUGCUCAUUGAGAAUCUGCGAGAAUCGCAGCCAUACCGAUACACGGUGAAGGCACGCAAUGGGGCGGGCUGGGGGCCUGAGCGAGAGGCCAUCAUCAACCUGGCCACCCAGCCCAAGCGGCCCAUGUCCAUCCCUAUAAUCCCUGACAUUCCAAUCGUGGAUGCUCAAGGCGGAGAAGACUAUGAUAGCUUCCUCAUGUACAGCGACGACGUUCUGCGCUCCCCAGCCAGCAGCCAGAGACCCAGUGUCUCUGAUGACACUGGCGGCGGCUGGAAGUUCGAGCCCCUGCUGGGGGAGGAGCUGGACCUGCGGCGCAUCACGUGGCGGCUGCCCCCGGAGCUGAUCCCGCGCCUGUCGGCCAGCAGCGGGCGCUCCUCCGACGACAGCCGCAGCGCUGGGGGCGCGGAUGGGGAGGGCGGCGGCCAGACCCGCAGCGCAACGCCCCGGCCCCCGGGAGAGCACCUGGUGAAUGGCCGCACGGACUUUGCCUUCCCAGGCAGCGCCAACUCCCUGCACAGGAUGACUGCAGUCAACGCAGCCUACGGCACCCGCCUGAGCCCACACUUGUCCCAACGUGUGUUGAGCACAUCCUCCACCCUCACGCGGGACUACCACUCUCUGACCCGCACAGACCACUCUCACUCAGCCACUCUGCCCCGGGACUACUCCACCCUCACCUCCCUCUCCUCCCAGGACUCCCGUGGGACUGUGGGUGUGCCUGACACACCCACCCGUCUGGUGUUCUCGGCCCUGGGGCCCACAUCUCUGAAAGUGAGCUGGCAGGAACCACAGUGUGAGCGUGUGCUACUGGGCUACAGCGUGGAGUACCAGCUGCUAAAUGGCGGCGAGCUGUAUCGAAUCAACAUCCCCAGCCCAGGCCAAACUUCGGUGGUGGUGGAAGACCUCCUGCCCAACCACUCCUAUGUGUUCCGCGUGCGUGCCCAGAGCCAGGAGGGCUGGGGCCGAGAGCGAGAGGGCGUCAUCACCAUUGAGUCACAGGUGCACCCACAGAGCCCCCUCUGCCCCCUGCCAGGCUCUGCCUUCACUUUGAGCACUCCCAGUGCCCCAGGCCCGCUAGUGUUCACCGCCCUGAGCCCUGACUCGCUGCAACUAAGCUGGGAGCGGCCACGGAGGCCCAAUGGAGAUAUCCUCGGCUACCUGGUGACCUGUGAGAUGGCCCAAGGAGGAGGACCAGCCACCACAUUCCGGGUGGAUGGAGACAACCCUGAGAGCAGGCUGACGGUGCCUGGCCUCAGUGAGAACGUGCCCUACAAGUUCAAGGUACAGGCCAGGACGACUGAGGGCUUUGGGCCAGAGCGCGAGGGCAUCAUCACCAUCGAGUCCCAGGAUGGAGGCCCGUUCCCGCAGCUGGGCAGCCAUUCUGGGCUCUUCCAGAACCCACUGCAAGGUGAAUACAGCACCAUCACCACCACUCACACCAGUUCCACAGAGCCCUUCCUCAUGGAUGGACUGACCUUGGGGUCCCAGCACUUGGAGACAGGGGGCUCCCUCACCCGGCAUGUGACCCAGGAGUUUGUGAGCCGGACACUGACCACCAGCGGAACCCUCAGUGCCCAGGUCGAACAGCAGUUCUUUCAGACCUGAGCCCCACAACCUCUCCAGGGUCCUGGAACCUGGGCUCCCUCCCUGCUUCUCUCCCUAGCGUCUCCUUCCUCAGCUACUCUAUCCUUGGACCCCCUAGGGGCGUAGCCCCCACAUGUUGAUCACAGAACAAGCGCUUCUGGCCACAGAGCAGGGGUAGGUGUCCUGUGUGAAGCACAAAGGGGGCAGAGGUUCCAGAAGGCCCUUCUGAAUGUCCCUUGUCCGGGCCAAACCCAUUUGUAACCAAAGAGCUGAGAGCGGCACAAAGACUCAGCCUUUGUUCUGCACUUAAUAAAGAUGUUGCUACUGCUUA